UGCUUUUGUCCUUCUGCUCCUCUUCGACCUUUGCUCUACUCUCUCGCCGCCAGGAUCUUCGUUUUUGUUGUGGAUCUCGAAGAUCCAUGACUUUUGUGGAAGAAUUUCUAUGGGUUAGUUGGAAAUGAUGCGGUUUUGGCGAUUUGUUUGGACCCCUUUUGGUGGAUGGACGCCGCGGAACUGCGCUUGCCGGUAAAUGUGACGGUUGAUAAGCGUAUGGAAUCAGAUGAUUUGGAUAGGGUUGGGGAGAUCGAGGCCAGGAGUUCGACGGGGAAAGAAGCCUCUGCUUCUCAUAAGGGUUCUGGCACUGGUUCAUGUCGUACAGAGAGUUCCAGAAAUAAGAAGGAUGAAGACUCUUGUGUUCAUGGCAAUCUACCUUCCCAUCCCUUACUUGGAGAGAACACUAAGGGGCAUGAUUUUGAGAAGGUUGAUGGGCAUGCCUCAUUAUCACAAAACCAAGAAGGAAAACUUCUCGGACGAAAAUAUUCUAAAAGACCGGUCAGUAUUCCGUCUAAACGGUCAAGAAUUGAUGAUGUGGAAAGUUGCAUGAACGAGUUUGGAACUGGCAGCCAUCGUAGUAUCUCCGGUAAGGCAGGAUUGGACCCCAUAAGGUGCACAUUAGCUGAUAAAUCUCAGAUUGUCAAACUUAAGCGUGUUCAUGAUGGUAGAAAGACCGAUAAGAAGGUUUUUAGAGCAAGUGUGAAGAACAAAUAUGAAUCUCUUACAUCAAAAGUCAAUUUAGCUUGCAGUGAUACUUUUUCUGGUGGAAGCAAUAUUCUUGGUACACAUGGUUCCAAAUUAGAUCUCCAGGAUAUUGCAAGGAAUUUGGAUGAAAUAUCCCUCUGUGAACUUUUAGAUGGCAGCUACAAGUUUGGUAAGUUACCAAUGGAUAAGGGAAAGAAGUGUUCAAAUUCAAACGAUAGCAUUCUUCUUUCAGUUAGAAAGGCAUGUUCCAUUCUCUGUCCUCGAUCUCAAAUAGCAGAAAAUGGCAGCAAUGUAAAGGCAUCUCAAAGCUCCCAGGAUCCUAGUUUUUCGACUGGAAGUAGUUCUGAUUGUGAAGCAAAAGAAAAACAGUUAGAGGAAUUGCUUACAAAGAGCAAGGAUCAGGAUUCUCUUCAUGCUAACUGGAGUGAGUCCACUGUGCUUCAGCCUAAGAACCUUCUGGAACAAUUGGGACUGCCUGCAGCUCAUGAAUUGGAGGCUUAUAUGUUUAAUCCUAACACGUCUUCAGUUCCUGCACAGCUUACUCCAAAAGAUAAAAAUUGUAAUUACAUUGGCAUUCCACCUUUCCCUUGGUCAGUUUCUCAUGGUGGAAAUGGAAAGCCAAGUGUUGAUUUUUGUAAAGCAAAUUCAAGUAGAAACUCAUGUCAGUCUAAAUGGGCUAGAAUAGUGGGCAGCUCCACCUCGACACACGGACAUAAUUUGGAUUCUUUGAACCAGCAGAAAAUUGAUGAUUUUCUUGAAGUCAUAAGAAGUUUUACUCCAAGUCUCCAGCCUCCUUCUGAUGGGCCAUCUAAUAAAUCUGCUGUCUUGGGAACUCAACCUGAGGUCGAAGUUGUAGAGAUACUGAACUCAGUUCUUGAAUCUGGUUCAUUUAACUCAAAAGCAGACCAACCAGUUGAGGUUACUCCCUCCUUCAAUGGUACUUACCUGGGUAGCGACUCUAAAGACAAUGGAUCUGCAGUAGUUUCAAGGUGUGAGAUGAGGCUAGAUUAUUCUAAGUUUAAUUUAUUAUUGAAGGAUAAAGAUAAAGCAGUUAUGAUGGAAUCUAGGACAGUAACUAUUGAUGAUAGUUCUGUAAGUAAUGUGAAUACUGGAUCUAAUUGUAGUACAUGGCGGUCACUUAACUGGGAGAAGUACAGGCAAGAAACAGUUUACUCCUCCGAGUUACUCUCUGCUGCUGAAACGCUAUUAGAAAUGGCUUACAGCUCUGAAUCCAUGACAGCUACAAAGCAUUCUAAUGGAAGACUUAGAUGGCCCAAGACACCUUCAAUGAAGACAAUGAAAGCUCGCAAGUCUUCAACCUCGUUGGAUAAACCAGACAGAUCCUUUCGCUCUCCAGUGCACAAUGAUCCGAUCAAACAAUCAAACACACCGUCCGCUAAACAUCAGCCAACAAGCGAGAGAAAAACAAAUUUUAUUCGUCCUUGUAGUAGCGGCCGCGAAACUGUAAGAUGGUCCUCAAUUCCUAUGUCAGCUGCUUCAUCUCCUCAUAAAUUGGGCAAGGAUCUCAAUCUAAGAUCACCACAUGGAAAUAGCACAUUCAGGCCUUUAUUGGCACCAUUUUCAUCUAGAGCAGAUAAAACUUAUGACAAUCAGAUCAGGAAAGCACCUGCAAAGCCGCCUUCUGUUGCCUUUGAGGGUUCCUCUAUCAGAGAUUGGAUUAGGGGCAGGAACAAGAGGAUCUAAGUGAUAUGUACAUUGCCCUAACUCUUCAGUGGAUGUAGCAGCAACUGUCUGCUGCAAAGUUACUGCUACAAAUGAUUAUGAAGAACGCCAGAACUUGAUCGGAGAUUGAAUUUACUUCCUCUAACAUGAUUUUGUAUAGCCUAACAUGGCUGAUCAUGAAUUCAGGUAUCAAUUUCUGGCUUCCCCAUUUGUCUUGGGAGAGCUUUACUUUGUAAUUGGGCUGAUAUUUCCUUUCAUAUGCUUAAAUGUUCCAUAAAUGUGCUAUUCCCAUUGCUCUUAAUCUCAUUCACAGAGAAGCCAUAAUUUGCU